AUGCUCCCUCCAUUCCCCCCUGCAUCCCCUCCUUUCCUUCCCCUGCAUCCCCUCCUUUCACCCCCUGCAUCCCCUCCUUUCCCCCCCUGCAUCCCCUCCUUUCCUUCCCCUGCAUCCCCUCCUUUCACCCCCUGCAUCCCUCCUUUCCCCCCCCUGCAUCCCCCCUUUCCCCCCCUGCAUCCCCUCCUUUCCCCUCCUGCAUCCCCUCCUUCCGCCCCCCUGCAUCCCCUCCUUUCCCCCCCUGCAUCCCCUCCUUCCGCCCCCCUGCAUCCCCUCCUUUCCCCCCCCUGCAUCCCCUCCUUUCCCCCCCUGCAUCCCCUCCUUUCCCCCCCCUGCAUCCCCUCCUUUCCCCCCCUGCAUCCCCUCCUUUCCCCCCCUGCAUCCCCUCCUUUCCCACCCUGCAUCCCCUCCUUUCCCCCCCUGCAUCCCCUCCUUUCCCCCCCUGCAUCCCCUCCUUCCGCCCCCCUGCAUCCCCUCCUUUCCCCCCUGCAUCCCCUCCUUCCGCCCCCCUGCAUCCCCUCCUUUCCCCCCCCUGCAUCCCCUCCUUUCCCCGCCUGCAUCCCCUCCUUUCCCCCCCCUGCAUCCCUCCUUUCCCCCCCUGCAUCCCCUCCUUUCCCCCCCUGCAUCCCCUCCUUUCCCCUCCUGCAUCUCCUCCUUCCCCCCCUGCAUCCCCUCCUUUCCCCCCCUGCAUCCCCUCCUUUCCCCUCCUGCAUCUCCUCCUUUCCCCCCCUGCAUCUCCCCCCCCAUCCACCGUGCCAUUCUGCCUACUACUGCAGUUGA